AUGUCACAACAGCAACAACUUCCAAGUCAAAAUAUCGACAAUUUUUCCGAAAAGGAAAGGCAACGAUCAAUUGUUAUUUCUGGGCUCCCACGGUCAACGAAUCCGCUUCCUUCUGCUCGGGCAAAUGAAGAUAAAAACAAUGUUACAUGUAUUCUCGAUCAGUUGGGGGUCGAGAUUUGUCCCUUAGCCGUUUACCGGUUGGGCAAGGACAACCCAACUCGGACAGGUGCUCCACCUUUAGUUAAAGUUCUUUUUCCGGCCACAUUUUUUCAGAAGGCUACACUCCGCUCAUGGUCUGAACAACGUAAAAAACUCAAGGGAAUCCCAUCAUACCGUAAUUUAAACAUUCGUGAAUCAAUGUCACCGGAACAACUAAAAGCACGCAAAUUAUUACAAGAAGAAUGCAAACAAAGAAGGUUAACUGAUAAAGGUGAUUGGAUAAUAUACGCAAAUACUAUUGUUCUUCGUGAAAAAGUUAAUGAACUUCGUAAGUCUCUCUCAUAG